AUGGCCCCACCGUCUCUGGAGGUGCCGGUGGUGGAAAAGUCCCAAACUGCCCUAGGCCUCUUUCUCGAUAAUCCUGCUCGCUUCGUCAAGGCCCCGGUUCCCCAUGUUUUCCCCAGCUUGGCUGUGAAGUCUGGCUCCCUCAUCAUCAUCAUUAUCAAACCGUUCUGGUCAUUCAUUCUGAAGACGUCAAGUAUCGAGGUGCAACGAUGCUUCCAAACGAAUCUUCCGAGGCUGGCGCUAAGAGCAUGGGCUGCCACCAUGUUCGAGGCGGAUUUGAUCCCCCCCGUGCGCCACAGAAGCCAAUCUUCCACGGAACCCGAAGAGGUGGAAUCUCAGCUGCUGCCCGAGAACAGCUUGGUCACGCCUUUCUACUGUUCUUCGAAUAUUACUCUGGCUUCAUUGAUUUGCAACAUGGUGCAACAAUGCGUCUGA